UCCAGCGCGCAGGCGGCGUGCCGGGUUUCUUAUCCCAAGAUUCCGAACGGCGAGGAACCAUCCGAGGCAACUCGUCCGCCGUUUGGAUUGCAGCGGGUCUCGCCGCCGCCUGUCCCUGCCUUUCUUUAGCUCCGCCCCCGCAGCCCGCCUCCACACGCCCCUUACCCUCGCGCCGCCGAACCAGGAGCAAGAGCGGGCGAGAACAGCGCUGCCGCUGCUGCUUUUGCUGCCGCCGCCGUCGUCGCAACGGGCCCGCGGUGGCGAAGUAACUACCCAUGUUUCCUUCUGGAACCCCAGCAACCGCGACGACUUGGGGGAGAGGCGUCCCAUCGCUCUUGGCUCGGCCGGCCUCGCUGCGGAGGCUUAAGGCGUGCCGUGUGGUGCUGCUGGCUGCAAGGGCUGCAACGAGGGACGGAGAGCGCUUACCAAGAAACCGGAACCAGGAAAACUGCUGGGAUUUAAUAACACGGGCUGCGCUUAGGGCUGUUGUGUGCCCGGAGGGGAGGCAGGGAAAAGAGAAAACAAGAGGUCGCAGUGAGGCGGCAGAAAAGCUCACCAGGCGGCACUUCUUGGGGACACAGUUGCCUAACCUUCGACCUCACCAAAGCUGGCCAGGCAAAGGCAAAGGAGGCUGAUGGUUGUUUGAAACUCAUCUUGGAUACUGUGGAUUUAACAAAAAAGCAACUUUACCUUUCCAUUCUGGGAUUUAUUUUCUUUCCUCGGUACUUUUAAAAAACUAUAACGGUACCCACAGACAAGUAUCGCGUGUAGUUCGCCAACUUAUCCCAGAUGGCCAAUUCCCUCAAUGGCCGGAACCCAGGUGGCCGAGGAGGAAACCCCCGCAAAGGGCGUAUUCUGGGAUUCAUUGAUGCUAUUCAGGAUGCAGUUGGCCCCCCCAAGCAGGCAGCUGCUGAUCGCAGGACUGUGGAAAAAACUUGGAAAUUAAUGGAUAAAGUGGUCAGACUGUGUCAGAAUCCCAAACUUCAAUUGAAAAACAGUCCACCUUACAUACUUGACAUUUUACCGGAUACGUACCAACACUUGCGACUUAUUUUGGGCAAAUAUGAUGAAAACCAGAAACUUGCGCAGCUCAGUGAAAAUGAAUAUUUUAAAAUCUAUAUUGAUAGUCUCAUGAAAAAGUCAAAACGAGCUAUAAGACUUUUUAAGGAGGGAAAAGAAAGAAUGUACGAAGAACAGUCACAGGACAGGCGAAAUCUUACAAAAUUGUCCCUCAUCUUCAGUCAUAUGCUUGCAGAAAUAAAAGCAAUCUUCCCUAACGCUCAAUUCCAGGGUGACAACUUUCGUAUCACAAAAGCAGAUGCUGCAGAAUUCUGGAAGAAGUUCUUUGGAGAAAAGACCAUAGUGCCUUGGAAAGUAUUCCGACAAUGUCUUCAUGAGGUGCAUCAGAUUAGUUCUGGUCUGGAAGCAAUGGCUUUGAAGUCUACUAUUGAUCUAACAUGCAAUGACUAUAUUUCAGUUUUUGAAUUUGAUAUCUUCACAAGAUUAUUUCAGCCUUGGGGUUCAAUAUUAAGAAACUGGAACUUCUUAGCUGUGACGCAUCCUGGAUAUAUGGCAUUUCUGACAUAUGAUGAAGUUAAAGCACGGUUACAGAAAUAUAGCACCAAACCAGGAAGCUACAUUUUCAGAUUAAGUUGCACUCGACUUGGACAAUGGGCUAUUGGUUAUGUUACUGGUGAUGGAAAUAUUUUACAGACCAUACCACAUAAUAAGCCUUUAUUUCAAGCUCUAAUUGAUGGCAGUCGGGAAGGAUUCUAUCUUUAUCCAGAUGGACGAAGUUAUAAUCCUGAUCUGACAGGACUAUGUGAACCUAUUCCACAUGAUCAUAUAAAAGUUACACAGAGGCUCUUCAUUGCAGUCAUUCCUUUUCAGGAACAAUAUGAAUUAUAUUGUGAAAUGGGUUCCACAUUCCAGCUUUGUAAAAUUUGUGCUGAAAAUGACAAAGAUGUGAAGAUUGAACCUUGUGGACAUUUGAUGUGUACAUCUUGCCUGACCGCAUGGCAGGAAUCAGAUGGUCAAGGAUGUCCCUUUUGUCGUUGUGAAAUCAAAGGAACUGAACCCAUAAUUGUAGAUCCCUUUGAUCCAAGAGAUGAAAACAUAAGAUGCUGCAGUAUUUUGGACAGCUUUGGUAUCCCUAUGCUUGACUAUGAUGAUGAUGAUGACAGAGAAGAGUGUUUGAUGAUGAAUCGAUUAGCUUCUGUAAGAAAGUGUAAUGAAAGACAGAAUUCCCCAGUGACAUCUCCAGGAUCAUCUCCUCUUGCUCAAAGAAGGAAACCAUUUCCUGAUCCCAUACAAGGAUCCCAUCUUACCCUUCCACCAGUCCCCCCUCGAUUGGACCUAAUUCAGAAAGGAGUUUCCCGAUCACCUUGUGCCAGCCCAACAAACUCACCAAAGUCUUCUCCAGGUAUGCUGAGGAAACAAGACAAGCCUCUUCCAGCACCACCACCACCAAUACGAGAUCCACCUCCACCUCCACCAGAAAGGCCUCCACCCAUUCCUCCAGAUAAUAGGUUAAGUAGACAUUUGCAUCAUCCCGAAAGUGUAUCUGCCAGAGAACAACCAAUGCCACUUGAAGCCUGGUGCCCCAGAGAAGUGUGUGGGAAUAAUCAAAUUGUGGGAUGUCGUAUAGUAGGAAAUGAUAAUUGUCCCAAACCUGGACUUACUGCAAGCUCAAAUAUGAAUGGAAGACAUUGUCGUAUGGGUUCUGAUCCAUUAUUUCUACGAAAGCACAGAUUCCCUGAAUUACCUUUAGAAGGUACCAAGAUAUUUUCAAAUGGCCAUCUAGGUAAUGAAGAAUAUGAUGUUCCACCUCGCAUUUCACCUCCCCCACCAGUUGUUUCAGCCAUGCCAAAUAUGAAGUCUUCUGUUGCUGUUAUAAAUUCCUUUUCUGAAAAAUCAAGAGACCAUGUAGAAGAUGAGUACAAGAUUCCUUCAUCUCAUCCUGUUUCUUUGCCUUCACAAUCACUUCAUUGCCAUAAUAUGAAGUCUCAUACUCGUGUAUUUGAGAAUGGUCAGUGCUCUGGAAUAAGUAGUGAAAUGCACAAUACUUCAUCUGAGAUGAAAAAAUUGAAACAACCUGAUAUAGGAGAAGCCUUUGAAUCUACUAUUCCAAUACCUCUGCCACCUCUGCGACCUCCAUUGAGGGAAAAUUUGAAACAUGCAUCUGUACUCAAUAGAACGUCCUCUGAUUAUGACUUGCUUGUGCAUCCUCCAGGUGAAGAUUUGUCCGACAAUCUACCACCUUCCCUUCCUCCACCUCCACCACCUCCUGCACGCCAUAGCUUCAUUGAGCAAACAAGACCACUUGUUGCAGGAAACAGACCCCUGUCUGGACAUGAACUAUACCACCCUCCCGCUGAUCUUUUUUUUGACCCUACAAAUGGCUCAGUUCCUUUACCACCCGUUAGAAGAUUAACUGGUGAAAACAUAAAGGCCCACAGAAUAUCCCAGGAUUAUGACCAAUUGCCAUCUUCUUCAGAUUGUUCGCAAGCACCAGCCAGACCUCCAAAACCACUUCCUCGUAGGACUGCUCCAGAAAUACACCAUAGGAAGGCACAUAAUACAUCUGUAGAAAAUGUUGAUGCAAAGAUUGCAAAACUUAUGGGAGAAGGUUAUUCUUUUGAAGAAGUGAAGAGGGCCCUUGAAAUAGCCCAGAAUAAUCUUGAUGUAGCACGGAGCAUUCUAAGAGAAUUUGCUUGCUUUCCUCCAUCAGUUUCUCCACGACUCAAUCUAUAGUAUGGAAAACCUUGCAGCAAGCCUAAUUCUCUCUCUCUCUCUGUAUGUGUGUGUGUAAACAUGAGAAAUAUUGUACAAUUGUGAGAUGGGAUUCAAGUGAGAUUUUUUUCCCUGGAUGUAUCUUCAAAGAAUGAGUUGGAACAAUUUUUCAAAAUAAGAUCAACUGCUCACUUUAAGAUAUAAGUGAAUUAAAUCUGUAUUUUUGCUAGCCAUAUUUUUGAAUCAGGGUUGAACUGACAAAUAAUUUAAAGACGUUUACUUCCCAUGAACUUUUAAUCUGUGAAAUGCUUUUUUCAUGUUUACAAGAUGGUAAAUGAUAAUUUUAAAGCUGAUAGUCCUCCUGUGUUCUUGUUCAUAUUUUCUACUGUGAGGCAUUUCCAGUUGUCUUUAUACUGAUUUGCCCCAUUUACUAAGUCAGUUACUUUUUAUACAUAUAUAAGUGCACUCUCCAUUUUUAUUUUUCAAGAAGCUUUGAAAGCUUUUUGCAUUUCUGCUCAAAUAAAAUGCAAGAAAAAUGAGGCCUUCACUACUGAUUUUAUUUUUCUGAUAAGACCGUUGCUAUUUACACAAAGCAAAAAUAAUGAAUGUGUAAUAUGUUACUUUGUUACUGGUCUAUUUUAAAAGGUAUUUUGACCAGCAACACUGGGUAGCUUUUCUUUGACAUGUGGUUGUUAAGCUUCAAGAUCAGUAUGGUUAUCUUACAAAAUUAAAAUAUACAGAAUUGCAUGAUAAUGACCUGAAAACAUAAAUCCUUUUUGAUAUAGUUAUUCAAAAUGCGAAAGGUAUGGGAUUGAAAUUAGACUUUUGUUCCUUGACAAGCUUAAUGAAAGGCUGUGCGUGCCUUAAUAUUGGCUGAUAUAUGAAAUCCAUCAGAGUGAAUUAUAUUAUCAGUGUCCAGGUAAAUUAUUAUCUUGUCUUAUGGAAAGAAGUAUUUGGUUAAUUUCCUGUGUAGAUAAUUAUUUCAUCACAGCUUUGGGGACAGAAUCAUUUUAAGAACACUUUAAAUUUGCUAUGCUGUUUCUGAAUUCUAUUCUGUAUCAACCAAUUUUACAAGGAUUUUAAUUAAGUUACAUUAUACCUUAAAUGUUUACUUAGUCCCCAGACCAACUUAUUGUGUUGUGUCUGUAUUCUUGAACAUAACUUUCUGCCUUGAGUGACUAGUAAUUUUUUGAAGCACAAGCCAAAUCAAAUUUUUCAAUGAAUUUCAUUUUCCCCUAGAUCAGUGUUUCUCAACCUUGGCAACUUUAAGAUGUGUGGGCUUCAGAAUGCUGGGUGGGGAUUUCUAGGAAUUGAAGCCCACAUUUUAAAGCUAGAUCUUCCAAUUCCUUUAAAAAAAACAAAACAAAUGUAAUCUUGAAAUGCCUAUUUUCUCUAGCUUCUCUUAAAUCUAUGAAAUCCGUUCCUGCUGGAUGAAAUUGGCAUUUAUAUUACACUUUGGGCAUGGUUCACCAUCACUGACCUGUUUAAGUUAUAUAUUACAUAGUGUAAGAAUAGAGACACACAAAUGUGUAGGUUGACCCUCCAGUCUUCUCUGAUCCCAUAUAAUUGAGGGAGGAAGAUGCAACAUAUAGAAUAGAAUAUGGUUUGGUAAUAUUUCAGCAUCUGGUGAUGCCUUUGACAGGCCAAAGCUAUAGUAAACAUUCCACAAAGAUUGGACUUGGUUUAGUGGAAUUUGCAAGUAAUAUAAAAAGCCAGGUAUGCCUGUAAUCUGUAAUGCCAGUGUUACAUCUUUUAUCCUUGGUCAUUUGGAAAAUUAUAAAUGUGUAUUAAUAGAACUAUAGAAUCAACAUCAUUUACAAUGAUUGUUUAAAAAUAGAAUUUUCACUGACACAUCAUCCCUACUACUCCCUGUGAAAAAUAAACAUGAAAUAUGACUACAUUUAAAUCUAAAUGUAUCAAAAAGAGUAGAUAGAGUC